AAAAUAAUUUUAUACAUCCAGUAAUAAGUAAUAAAUAAUAGAUAAACAAAUAAUAGAAAUAAAACAAUAGAGUUAAUAAUAUUAGAUAAUAUUGGAUAAUAAAUAAUAUUUACAAAUAUGACAGAUGUAACACAAAUCAAUGAAAGUUCAACUAAAACUUUAGAAAAACAUCAAGAAUUAAGAUACGAAAUUGAAUUUGACCAACAAGGAUGGAUGAGAUUAGUUGAAGGCACAGCAGAAUGUUUUGGUACAGAGUUGUUAUUAAAUAAAAUUUAUAAACUUACAUCAACCAAGGGGGCAGUAUUUACAUGGACAGGAUGCAAGAUCGAAAUCACCAAUAAUUGUUCACCCUAUAUCGGUGAUAAAACCCCCAUGCAAAAGUAUUCAGCAGUAUUUCAAGAAAUCGAAAAUUCAAGAUCAAAUAACUUUGAUCCAAAUCAAAGUGGACCAAGGGUAAUGAUCGUAGGUCCAACCGAUAGUGGUAAAUCAUCAGUUUCAAAAAUACUUUUAGCAUAUAGUUCACGUUUAGGAUAUGAACCAUUAUUUAUAGACUUGGAUCCUGGUCAAAACUCAGUAACUAUUCCAGGAACCAUUUCUGCAUCACACAUUCAAUCACCAAUAGAUAUCGAGGAAGGUUUGUCUUCGUUUGUACCAUUAGCCCAUUUUUACGGUCACGCUUCAUUGGAUGUUAACCCAGAACUCUUUAAAGCAUUAGUUAGAAAUUUGGCUGCCUUUGUAGAUAAACAGAUGCUUGCUUCCGAAACUACUAGAAUGUCUGGUUUCGUUGUAAAUACUUGUGGUUGGAUUGACGGUUUAGGUUAUAAAGUUUUAUUGGAUAAUAUCGAAGCUUUUCGUAUAAAUAUGAUUAUAGUUAUGGAUAAUGAAAAAUUAUUUAGUGAUUUAAAUUCACACUUUCAACAACAACAAAUUAAAAUUUUAAAAUUACCAAAAUCUGGUGGUGUAUUUUUAAGAACUCCAAUAUUUAGAAAAAAAACAAGAAUGUUAAAGAUUAAAGAAUACUUUAAUGGUGUAAAUGAUAGUUUAUCACCACAUUAUAUAUAUUUAGACUUUAAAGAUGUAUCAAUAUUUAGAACAGGUGGAGGCCCAGUUGCACCUGCAUCCGCAUUACCAAUUGGUCAACAAUCCUCAAUUGAUCCUCUUGCAAUCUCUGAAGUUUAUCCAAGUAUAGAUAUGUGUCACUCAAUUGUUGCAAUUUCCUAUGCAAAACAACCACAACAUAUUUUUAGUACAAACGUAGCUGGUUUCCUUUAUAUAAAUGAUAUCGAUAUGGAAACAAAAAAAAUUACCGUUAUUUCACCAGCUCCAGGCCCAAUUCCUUCAAGAUAUUUGUUAAUUGGUACAUUAAAAUGGACCCCUAACUAAUAUUAAAUAUAUUUAAAUAAAACCAAAAAAACCCAUUUGUCCAUAAAACAAAUGAU